CGCCCGCGGCUCUCCUCGCGUCACCUCCGGGUCGCGCGAGCACUUCCGGGUCACCGGCUCAUCGCUGCGGUUUCCGCGGCCGAGGAGGUGGUCGCCGCGGGCUCGCUACCCGGCUCUGCUACCGCCGCGGCGGAAGCGCCUUCCCUCAGGACAUCAAUGCAAGCCUGAAGAAAUAUUAAUUGCUUCCUUUUAAGCCAUGGCAUAUCAGUUAUACAGAAAUACGACUUUGGGGAACAGUCUUCAAGAGAGCCUUGAUGAGCUCAUACAGUCUCAACAGAUCACGCCCCAGCUUGCCCUUCAAGUUCUAUUGCAGUUUGAUAAAGCUAUAAAUUCAGCCCUGGCUCAGAGAGUCAGGAACAGAGUCAAUUUCAGGGGCUCUCUAAAUACGUACAGGUUCUGCGAUAAUGUUUGGACUUUUGUAUUGAAUGAUGUUGAAUUCAGAGAGGUGACAGAGCUGAUUAAAGUGGAUAAAGUGAAAAUUGUAGCCUGUGAUGGUAAAAAUACUGGCUCCAAUACUACGGAAUGAGGAGAGAAAUGCGACUUUUAUGCCACCUUCUGUUACUUUCAUCGCUUUUUGAAGAGAAACAUAGAAGAGACUUUUUUUUAUUUAUUCUCACGGUGCAGAAAUGACAACACUGUGCUAUAUAUAUACUACCCAAGUGUCCCGCAGAGAGAAGCAUGUGACUCUGUUCUCUUAUGUCACCUUUAGUGCACAGCAUAAAGAAAUGUAACUUUUUUUUUUAUGACAAAUCAGAAGUGGUUGCCUUCAUAAGAAUAUUCUUCAAUAAACUUGUUUUAAGACUU